AUGGACCCUGUAAAUCCCAACCAGAAGGCCCGAACCACGCAGCAAUACGCCUUGUUUCAGCGGAAGAACUUUUGGAAAUCCAAUGAGGGCGAAGUACCAGUGUUCAACACAGAACCGGGCAAACUCGAAGACUUAGCAAAAGAGAAACUCAGCCAAGGUGGCUGGUUCUACGCGUCCUCAAAUGCCGGCCAAUCGCACACGCAUACCGUAAACAGACAAGCGUUCUACCGACAUCGAAUUAUCCCGCGUAUGCUCGUAGAUACCAACCAGCGCGACACUGCGACCGAGAUCUUUGGACACAAAGUGCCUGCGCCGAUUGGAUUUGCGCCUGUUGGUAUCAACAAGAUCUACAACCCAGAGGGCGAGCUACCCGUAGCAAGAGCCGCAGGCGCCUUAGGGCUACCAUACUGUCUCUCGACAGCAGGCUCACAGAGCAUAGAGGACGUAGGCCAUGCCAACGAUGAGGGCGUAAGGAAGGGACAAGGCGACACAGGCACCGCCGCCGGUGGCGGCGAGAAGGGGGUGAGAUUCUUCCAGCUCUACAUGCCGCACGAUGACGAGCUUACUCGAUCGCUUCUCCAACGUGCUGUGGACAGCGGCUUCACAGCCUGCAUCCUGACGCUUGACACUUGGCAGCUCGGAUGGCGACAUGACGAUGUCGCAAAUUCAAAUUACGCGUUCUACCAUGGGCUUGGUGCGGAUCUGGGCCUUACCGACCCUGUCUUCCAGAAGAGACUCAAGGAGAAGGGUAUUGACCCCAAGACACAGCCCAACGAAGCUGGCGCGCUUUGGAUCGAUAACGUAUGGCAUGGACGCGCUCAUACGUGGGAGAAGGCGGUGUGGGCGAUGAAACUAUGGAAGGAGCUCAGUGGUGGCAAGCCAUUCUCUCUGAAGGGCAUUCAGAGUGUCGAAGAUGCGAAGAAAGCUGUUGAUCUGGGCUUCGAUGGCAUCGUAGUCAGCAACCACGCUGGAAGACAAGUCGACGGCGCGGUCGCAAGUCUUGAUGCUCUUGAGAAUAUUGUUGAUGCUGUCGGCGACAAAAUCUACAUCAUGUUCGACUCUGGUGUCCGUUCCGCAUCCGACGUCUUCAAAGCGCUCGCUCUGGGCGCAAAAUUCGUAUUCGUUGGCCACAGAGACCCUAUAAUCAAGAUGUCGGUCAUUCUAUGCACAGCCGGUUACGACCACACCAUUAGAUUCUGGGAAGCGCUCUCCGGUAUAUGCUCCCGCACUAUCCCGCACCCCGACUCCCAAGUCAACCGCCUUUGCAUCUCGCCCGACAAGCGAUACCUCGCCGCCGCCGGUCACCACACGGUCAAGCUCUACGACAUCAAGUCUACAAACCCGAACGCGAUCCUCACCUUCGACGGUCACACCUCCAACAUCACCGGUGUCGCGUUCCACUGCGAGUCCAAGUGGCUGGUCACAUCGUCUGAAGAUGGCACGGUCAAGAUCUGGGACACGCGAUCAGGCAACGUUCAGCGCAACUACACUCAUGGCGUUCCGGUCAACGAUGUCGUCAUCCAUCCAAACCAGGGAGAGCUCAUCAGCUGCGACCGCGGUGGUAACGUGAGGAUCUGGGACCUGGGAGAGAAUAAGUGUUCUCACCAGCUCAUCCCAGAGGACGACGUCAGCGUGGCUAGUGUUACGGUUGCAAGCGAUGGAAGCAUGGUCUGCGCAGGCAACAACGCCGGCAACGUCUACGUUUGGCGCAUGAUCCAGCGCAGCGAUACCACCUCGAUCCUCCCCAUCUGCAAGUUCGUGGCCCACACAACCUACAUCACCCGCGUCCUCCUUUCGCCGGACGUGCGUCAUCUAGCCACCUGCUCCGCCGACCACACGGCGCGCAUCUGGUCCGUUGAUCCUACCGCUCCCCAUAACGUCACGCCCACCGACAACCUGCCAGCAGCUAGCGAGCGCGACCCAGCUGCCUUUCCUCUGGAGACUACGCUACAUGGUCAUCAGAGGUGGGUCUGGGACUGCGCCUUCUCCGCCGACAGCGCCUACCUCGUUACCAGCUGCUCAGACCACUACGCAAGGCUGUGGGAGCUUGGUAGCCAGAGCAUCAUCCGGCAGUACAACGGACAUCACCGUGGUGCUGUCUGUGUCGCGCUCAACGACACGGCCGUCGGCAACUAG